AAGAGUAUAUGUAAUUACAUGUUUGACAUACUUGGAGACACCUCAAGGGGUACAGCCGUAGUGAUCGCUAAAACCAUCUGUUCAAAGUAUCCGGACACUUUUGCCGAUUUAAUUGAUAAAAUAAAUCUUGGGGCUGGCUGGGAAUCAUUGUCUGCACAUAUUUACACCGCAAUUAAUUAUCGAAAGGCGAAAGAGCGUACCAAGAGACCACGGGCCCUAGGUGCGUUAUAUUCAGAUAACGACGAUGACGAUGAAAACGCAAGACCCUUGCCUCAAACAACGCCACGUAAACAGGAUGAGUAUGGAUGUGUGGAUUACCAGCCACUACUUCCAGAAGGAGAAACCCCUUCAUCCCAAGAAACUAAACGCAAACGAUUAAUCACGCUUUAUCAAACUUCACCUGAUAUUUUCGAAGGCGAAGUCAAACAACUGAUGAAUGAUACCUAUCCGACACAACGUGGUGUGAUAAAUGAUUGCAGCAGGGGAAGUGGUCUCACUCAAUCUGUGUUCCAAAAAUGGCCAUUUUUGAAUAAUGACAAAGUACUGGUAGCACAUGCUCAACAGUUGUUGGGGAUCGAGGUUAAUGAAAUUUGGCGUCGUAAUCUCCGAAAAGUUACCAAGAUUCGCAAUUUCUUUAAAUAUGAAUACGUGACUAAAAUAUUUAUCGCCAAGAAGAAAGGUAUUGAAUUACCAGAUCCAUUUGUGAAGAAUACCAUAAAAGAGGAAAAACGGCAAUCCCAAAAUGAUACACGGAGUGAACUUUCACUUACACUUGUCAUUUUCCCAUUGAUAGUGUACUACUUCGAGGAAGAUCGAGAUUUUUUAUUCAUCAUUGUGGAGAAUACACUGACUAUAGAGGAAAUAAUUGGUAAAGUACCAAAUGCAGCCCCUACGCUCAUCAUACGAGGGACUUCCCUCUACGACGAGACUGCCUCGUGUUCAGUUUUGUUGGAGAAGGCAUUUGAAAUAAAAGUGGGAAAUAUCCUCGACGGUUUCCUGCUGACUUUCCUAUGUUACUUUAUUUUUGGGUGCAAGUAUCCAAAGGAAUUGCAAUGUACGCUGGAGUUCAUUCAAAGGUUUAUAAUCCUCAUCAAUCCACCGGAGGGAAGUAAGCGGAAAUGUAAGAAAAGGAAGCAAACCUCCUACAAUCCGAAGGUGUUGAAAUUGAUAAACAUACUGAACGAGGCACUAUCAGCAAUAACUUUGUAAACUUCGUCGAACACUCAACACUCAAUCUCCAUAAUCGAUGGCAUUCUAUUGAUUAUCUUUUUGAAGACUUUUUUACAAACGAAAGUGAAGAACACAUGGAAAGUUUCUUUCAUCUGAAUCUCCUAAUCCUACAUGAUCCUGUUACUGAAUGCAUGGAUUUGUCUCUUUAAAUGAGAUAUGCCCAAAAAAUUUCAUGUUUCAAAGAAAAAUUGUCGUACGUAGCCAUUGAUAUUGGAAUGCACCGUUCUUGUAAAAACGUACUAGAAAGAUUUUUAUGAUACAUUUGAAAUUGAAAAUUCAUACAUAUGCUACUUAAUAAAGGCAUAUACUACUGUUGUAGGAUACCAAUCAUGCAAGGUAAAAUUACAAUGCAUCAAUAUAUCGAAAUUCGCGUACUUUGCAAUUUAAUCUUGUAAUUUUCCUCUAAUAAAAUUCAUUUACUGUAAUCGCUGUUUGCAAUACAUUACACCGUUGAUUAUAGCAAAAUGUUUUCGAAAAUCACAAGGCAGUCAUUGAAAUUCCAGUGAUAUAUCAUAUAGUUUUAUCAUACACAUGAGCCGUUUUCUUAUUCAUCCGCAUCCCAAAAAUGUGCGUCACUGCUGUGAAUUCAUUAACCACCAAUGGUAAAAUAAUUAUAUCAGCGGAAUCAGAUUCUACGGUAGCAGAACUUUGAAAGUGUAAUCAAUGAGAACUAAACUUAAUAUGAUUGUAUGUGCAAAAAUUACAAUCGUAGCGUGUAACUUUUACCAUCCCGUAUGCCAUGGAAAUGUAUUGUAAAUUUAUCAUACUUUAUUGUGAA